GGGGGAAGGCCGAGCGGCGUGGCGCGGCGCCCACUUCCGGUCGGCGGAGCGGGAGGGGAGAGCGGGCGGCGGCGGCACCGGCGGGCGCAGCGGUCACCAUGAGCAUCCAGCAGCUCCUCCUGUGCCUGUCCCUCUGGGUGGCCUGCGUGUCGGCCAAGCCCACGGAGAAGAAGGACCGGGUGCACCACGAGGCGCAGCUCAGCGACAAGGUGCACGACGACGCCCAGAGCUUCGACUACGACCACGACGCCUUCCUGGGCGCCGACGAGGCCAAGACCUUCGACCAGCUGACGCCGGAGGAGAGCAAGGAGAGGCUGGGAGUGAUUGUAGAUAAGAUAGACACGGAUAAGGAUGGGUUUGUGACGGAGGGGGAGCUGAAAGCCUGGAUUAAGAAGGCCCAGAAGAAGUACGUGUAUGACAGUGUCGAACGCCAGUGGCAGGAGUUCGACUUGAACCAAGAUGGAUUUAUCUCCUGGGAUGAGUACAGAAACGUGACAUAUGGCACCUACCUCGACGACCCGGACCCCGACGACGGCUUCAACUACAAGCAGAUGAUGGUGCGGGACGAGCGGCGCUUCAAGAUGGCCGACAAGGACGGCGACCUGACGGCCACCAAGGAGGAGUUCACCGCCUUCCUGCACCCCGAGGAGUACGACUACAUGAAGGACAUCGUGGUGCAGGAGACCAUGGAGGACAUCGACAAGAACGGGGACGGCUUCAUCGACCUGGAGGAGUACAUCGGUGACAUGUACAGCCACGACGGCGACACCGAUGAGCCCGAGUGGGUGAAGACGGAGAGGGAGCAGUUUGUGGAGUUCCGGGACAAGAACCGCGACGGCAAAAUGGACAAGGAGGAGACCAAGGACUGGAUCCUGCCCUCGGACUACGACCACGCCGAGGCGGAAGCGCGGCACCUCGUCUACGAGUCCGACCAGAACAAGGACGGGAAGCUCACCAAGGAGGAGAUCGUGGACAAGUACGACCUGUUCGUGGGGAGCCAGGCCACGGACUUCGGGGAGGCCUUGGUGCGGCACGACGAAUUUUAAGACCUGUACAGAGAAACCCGUUUCUUAAAUAAUUUAUUUUUUACAGUUUCUGGAUUAUCAUGAGAAACAUUUUCGCUACUGAGACUGUUAUUUCAGGCUAUGAGGUGAAAACGAAAUCUCUCUCCCGUCCUUUUUUUUUUUUUUUUUUUCCUUUUUUCCCCAAAGGAGUGGGGACUCGGUGUUCUGAAAACCGACCUCUCAUUAUGACACUUUGUGGUUUUUAGAUUUACACUUUGUUUUAUGGUCUAACGAGCUCUGUUUAUUUUUGUAUUGUUUUGGUUCCAUGUGAAGUGAAGAACACGUAUCCCGAGAGCUAGCGGCAGAGCAGCGCUGAGGGUUUUCCCCCCCGCCCUGCCUCCCUCUCCCCCUCUUUGAUUUUUGUACGUCCUUAGCUGCAGCCUUGGAAGGAGGAAAAGAAAACAAAAAGUGAAGCCCCGAGAUGAUAAAAGCGAGCCCCAGAACAACGAACGCUGCCCCGAGGAGAGGAGGCGAAGGGCACCCCCGCGGCCCCGGCUGCUCCCCACGACUCCGGGCCCACCCUCGCCCUUCUCCGCUCCCCAGCGGGAUCCGGCUCGGCCGAACAACCCCGGGGACGGCGCCGCGUCCGCCCGCCCUCCUGGCGCGCCUUCAGAGCCCGCCGCCGCCGCUCCUAGUAAGGCAAGCGAGCGCGGGGCCGCUUCGGGCGCUGCUCCGGGCUCGGGGGAGGCCUCCGACCGCCUCCCCUGCACGCCCAGCGCCGCUCCAAGUGCCUUCAUCCACCCCGCGCGGGGCCGAGGACGGGGGGCAGCGUGAAGGGAAGCUCCCCAAAGCUCCGCCGUGUCCCCCCCCCGGGAGCACCCCGUCCUCCUCUCGCCGCGGGCGCUGCAGCGGCUCAGCCCCGGGGUCCGAAGCGCGGCUGCUGCGCGUUGUGUACUCGUGCUAUCUCAUGUAACCCUCUGAAGUAACACUUUUGAUAUAACUCGAACCCAGCCUUGGCCUGGAGGAAACUCGGGGGGGGGGCUCGGAGCCGCGCGUGCCUCCCCCUAUCCCCCCCCCCCAGCACCGGGGACCCCCUGCGGAGUGGGACCUGGGCUCUGCGCGGCCCCGAGCGUCCGGCUGUCAAUAAAACCGUUUCCAUUCA